UGGAGCUAUUCAUCAGAUCAGAUUCUAUAAAAUCCCUCUCGUGGACGAUCGGGAUCGGCGUCAUUCUUGUAUGGGUCGCAACAACAAUCUAUGGCGGGACCGCGUGCGCGAAAACAGCGUCGUGAGGCAGUUCGGCCCCAAGACCAGCAUCUCCGAUAACUUCAUGGUGCAGAGAGCCAUGAUCCCCAACGUCCUGGGCAUCGUGAGAGACCCCGACGGCGGCACCACCGUUCUGUCCUCGACCAACAAGGACGACGGGACAAACCUGCCGGUGUUGGUCGUGUCCGAAUCGCUGUCGGCCGACGAUUCCCCUCAGGAGGAGUCGAGCGACAUCGAGAGCGGCAACGUCCCGGAUCCCGUUCGGAAGUACAUCGUGCUGCCGACGUUCAACGUCAACAUGGCGGACGCUGAAGUUCCCGUUCCCACUGAAAGCGAAAUUCCCACCGAAGAAGUGGAGUCCAGUGAGCAGAAGGGCGAGUGGCCCGACGCCUCUGACAUAAUGCGGGGCAUGACCUCCCACAAGAUCAGCGUCGACAGCCUCGGAGCCAGCCUCGAAGAGACCGGCGAAAAAGCAGAAGACAGCAACGUGUCUUAUUUAACCAUUCCAAACCCCACGGCUCCCAGGAGGCCGUCCACAGCUGACAUCUUCAUUGAAAAAUUGAAGGUGGAGAAAGUAGAGGGCGGAGGUCUGAGCAUCCAGGGCGUGUCCUUGGCGUCCAACUGUCACGUCACCCUUUGCGUCUUCGGCACUUUCUUCCUCGUGGCUGGGCUCAUCCUCUCCUACGUUAGCUUCAGUGUUAUGUCGCCGGAGGAAAAAGAGGAGCGAGACAGAAUCCUUGCAGGAGGAACAGCACCGCCAAACCCCAGGAAGAAUGCAUCGAGUGUGACUCAGAUGCGAAAAAUCGGGCCAGCCUUUAUCUGUAUAGGCCUACUUAUGCUUAUCCUCGGUAUCUCCUUCUACGCCUUGGCCAAAAAGAUCUCCCGAGACGAUUUAGCCCAGCGGAAGAUUAUCUCACAACGUCACCUGAGCCAACUGGCGGACAGCUUCAGACAUCGAGGGACGUCUCCCAUGCACACCAUCGCACCUGCACCGCAUGAACAAUACCCGAUCUUGUCCGUCCGUCGUAAUUCCUGGUGGGUUGACCCGACGCCAGUGGAGGAGCCCAUCAGUGUUGAUGGAAAGGAAAUCGCUAUCCAGUGCCCUUCGCCACUCGGGGACAUCCAGGGCCUAAUUUCGCCGCCGCCGGUCAGUCCCGUUCCCUCGGAAUGCGGGGCAGAGCCUUAUAGCGACAUUGCCUGCUUCCCUCAUCCGCCUGUCACAAAAACAAACUCUGAUCCUUCAAUGCAUUCAUCGGCCAGCCAUCACGGCCGCGACGCCAAUAGUGCCCACGUCGGGGGGCACAGUCAACCCUCGAGCGCCUCCACCCACGGGAGGUCACACUCCGGAAGUGCCUCAACGGUGCCCUUUAUACAGGUGACUGCGGCCCAGACAUCAUUUUCAUCCGCAAACAUCAUUCAAUUACCUCGUCUUUCUCGCCACUGCUCCAAUCGGACUGAUAGCCGACCCACCACUGCCGAAACCAGAUGAUUGCCUGCCCAGGACCCGUCAUAACAACAAGAUCCGGGACGGGUCAGAGAAACCGACAAACGGCUGAGCCGUACCUACAGAAGGAGGACUAUCUUGCAACGAUUCUGGAUAGUGCAGGAUUAGACGAUGCCGCGCACUUGGUCUAACAAGUCUCGACGCCAUCUUGGUUAGUCCAGAGCCACACGAGCGGAAGUCCCCAGUCUAUAUAUCUUAAGUUCAGUCCCUUUCUCGUCAUCUGCAGAAGUCAGUGUCGCCACUUUUGCAACAGUGAACUUCUAAAAAGUGCCGUUAGCAACUGCAGUGUAGAUAAGUACUUGUCGUAACCCUCGCGGGCAGCUGGUGUAUCAAAAGGACUAGCUUUCGGCGUGACGCAAAAAAAAAAAAAAAAAAAAAAAAAAAAAAAAGAAACUGCUGUGUUAUUCACUCGGUGGUGUUUCUGAGCUGUGAUUGGGGUAGUUCUUAGCGCGCUAUAUGUGAAUCAUAGAUCAUCUAUAUUAUAAAGAUAAUUGAAAUUCAUAAAUUACCUAAUAGAAACCUCUAAAUAUAUAAAUAUACACCUAUAUAUAUAAUAUAUAUAUAUAUAUAUAUAUAUAUAUAUAAUAUAUGUAUAGAUAGAUAGAUAGAUAAAUCAUUAUAGUUUUGGAUAGGAGAUAGAAUGAAGAAAAGCUAUAAGACUUCACUAAUUUUUUUUACAUAGGGACAUGAAAUCAUAACUUGAUUAUUUGUUGCUUUCACGGCCUCACCAAUCUAAAAUUUCUUCGACCGUGAAACAAAACAUGAAAAGGCAUUUCCAAAGGACUGCAGAAGGAACUCUACAGUGAUGCAACGGGAAUACGCUGAUGAAGGUAUUUAAGGAAAAAAGAAUAGUAAAUUUGAACCAGAUGUGACCUCUAUUCUCUAUUUUUUUUUCCAUCUGUCCACCCGCCAGUGGUGUUUGGGUAUGGUAACAUUGCGUCCCGGGCUUUAGAUAGUUACGCUAUGUGUAAGUUUUAGGUAAAUAAAAGGAUAUCUGGGUGUACAUUUGUAACUGAAAAGUGUUUUGAUAAUUUACUGUAUGCGAAUUACACUGUUAAUAUUCGAAAUAGGAUAUUGUUAUUAUUGUUGAAUGUAAGCUGAAUGUGACUAUCUAAAGGCCGGGACGCAGUGAUACCAUACGCAAAUACCACAGGCGGAUGGACAGAUGAAAAAAAAAUAGAGUAUAGAGUUCACAUCUCGCUAGUUCAUCUGAAAUAUCUGCAUCAAGAAACCAUACAUUUUUGUUCUGGUCUCAGCAUUGGGGAACAACCGCGAAAUAUAUUCAUCUUUGGAUGCUUACGUCUAUAUGUACUUUCAUAUACUUUGCUACGCUUAAUUUAUGGACUAUGUUCGAGAGAUUAUAGUUUAAGAAAAUGUCGUGACGAGCAAUUUCGUGAGCACUCACGCUUAAUUCAUGUCAUGUACCUUAAAUGAAAAUGUUUGUCAAGUUUAUGAACAGUGAAUAAAAAGUGAGAAUAUUAUUAACAGCCGUGAGGUGUACUCACGGGAAAAUGUACAUAUAUAUAUAUAUAUAUAUAUAUAUAUAUAUAUAUAUAUAUAUAUAUAUAUAUAUAUAUAUAUAUAUAUAUAUAAUGUAUGCGUCUGUGUGCCUGCGUGUACAAAUAACAAGACUACAUGUAAAAUAAUGCCUAUUCAGUAAUAUCUGAAUGUAUAUAAUGUUCAUACGUAAAGCAUAUGCAGUUCUUACAAUGGUUAGAAACGAAAUAUGUCUAAAGUAAAUAAAAAGCACAUGUACAAUAUGUAACAAUGAUCAAGAAAAUGUUCUAGCGACAGUUAAAGAGACAAAUCCACCCACGAAUGUUUCACCUGCGGAGUUACCCACGAAAGCCACCACCAACGCAUUUUCUAAAAAAAUGUUUUACAACCCCACGCAGAGAACUUACGAAACCGAAAGUAUUCGUAGUAACACAUUAUGUAAUUGCAGUCGAGUGCAUUAGUCCAAGGGCGUUAUUUUGAAACUAUGAACCGAAAGAGUUUAAUUCUAAGUAAAUUAAAGGUAUCGUUAUAUAUUGCAUGAUAUUUGUAUACAGUAUAUACUGCGUUCUUUCCAUUAAUAUUUGAAUUCAUUUGAACAGUUUAUGGAAAUUUAAAAAAAAAACGUCAGGGUAACUUUGUAUUUUCUCUUUAUCGCAUCUUGCUUCACUUAAAUUAUUGGUAUCGCAA